UUCAUUUCUGGACCAGAGGAGGCGCAGGAGGUGGUCUCAGUUAUGGAUCAGUAUGCCGAGGCAUCAGGUUCCAAGGUCAACCAGGACAAAUGUGAAGUUCUCUGGAUGGGUAGGGAGGGUGAGAGCUUCUCACUUCCGGACACCUUCCCGAUGCCUCAACAGAGUGUGAAAAUCCUAGGUAUCAAUUUUGGCUCUGCUGAUUAUGGCAAGUCAAAUUGGGAGACCAAACUGUCUGAUGCUAAGGUCAAAGUGAGAUGCUGGAAGGGGUGGCGGCUCUCCUUGAGGGAAAGGGUUGACCUGAUUAAGACUUUUCUGAUCCCAGUGUUUCUGUAUGUCAGCUUCGUCUGCCUCUUGCCAGAAUCGCUCUAUAGGAGGAUUUACAGCUGUUUCUUCCAGAUGUUAUGGGGGAACAGGCUGAACCUUGUUAAGCGUGAUGUAAUUUACUCAUCCAGGCGGGAGGGUAGCCUAGGUAUGGUCAACCCGGUGGUUUUCUUUUCUCUGAUGUUUUUGAAACAUAACUUUGGUAAUAUGCUGGCAGAGAGACCACCUGCAUGGGUAAGACUUUUUCGGGUCUGGUUUAGGCCCUUCUGAACAGUUGGGAGAGUGGCGGGCCAGUGAGAAGCCUGCGGGUCAAGCAUGGAGGCUCCUGGGUGAGCGGAUUGUGGUGUCUGCUUUCCAUGCUCCGUUGGCCUUGAAGGAUUGCCCAGGCCAUACUUUGAGGGAGGGCUUACGUUUA